UUCUAUACCAACUAUAUAUACCACCAACAUUCAUUAACUGAAUACUAGCCUUAGCUAUUUUGUAUAAAAUGUUGUUCAAAUCUGUUGCUGCUGCAGCUCUACUGGCCUCCACGGCUGGUGCUCACUAUGUAUUUCCACGAGAUGGAAACUCCACAAGGCUUUGCGGUACCCCCGAGCCUACUGAAGCCCAAAUCGCCGCCUCACAGGCUCUGCUUGCAAAUGAGCGAACCAUGCGUGCUAAGGGCGAGUUACGGGCUCUUCGAUCGUUCAGCGUGAACACGUACUUCCACGUUGUGGCGUCUUCUACGUCGCUCGCAGAUGGCUACCUUACUCAACAAAUGAUUGACGACCAAUUGGACGUUAUGAACGCUGACUACGGUGCACAUGGAAUCACGUUCAACCUAGUAGAUACGGAUUGGACCGUCAACAGUAACUGGGCCGCCGAUGGAGACGAGAUAACAAUGAAGAGGGCACUGCGAAAGGGCACAUACUCUGAUCUCAAUAUUUAUUUCCUCGGCGAUCUCGGCGGCGGAUUGCUCGGAUAUUGCUACUUCCCGGGCAACUUCGCCGAAGGGUCAACCGAUUUCUACUUAGAUGGCUGCACUAUCCUAGCUCAAUCUGUCCCCGGAGGAGAUGCUGCGCCUUACAACCUCGGUGGUACAGCUGUUCACGAGGUUGGGCACUGGAUGAAUCUCUAUCAUACGUUCCAGGGCGGUUGCAACGGUGCUGGAGACUCUGUUGACGACACUCCAGCUCAACGCAGUGCAUCGUCGGGCUGCCCCGUGGGCCGAGACAGUUGCCCUGGUGGUGGUGUUGACCCUAUUCACAACUACAUGGACUACUCUGACGACGCUUGCUACGAGGAGUUCACUGCUGGGCAGGAGGACCGCAUGUACAGUUCUUGGUCUACUUAUCGCUCAUAGAAGUGAUGUGAAUUCAAUUGGGGAUUUUGGGUUGUAAACAUCUAAAUGCCUCCAAAGAAUCCAGUCCAAUGCUAGAGGGGAGUUCUCACGGGGAAAUGAAGUGUCCCGCAAGAGUAAUGGGGAGCAGCUAAUGUAGGCGCUAAUAUUCGAUUGUAUGUUAGCAUAAUAUAUUGUUGAAACCUUCCUGGGUUAUCUGCAAAUCAUCUUUGA